AUGGUUCACACUGCAGGCACCCACAUCGUUCUGGGCAUUACGAUUGGUCUGGUGGCAUCCUGCAUCCAGUCUCUGGGUCUUACCAUCCAACGCAAGAGCCAUGUUCUCAAUGAAGCACUCCCUAUUCCCCAGCAACGGGUUGAACAUAGGCGACCAUUAUGGUUACUUGGCUUCGCCAUCUUCAUCUCCUCUAAUAUAAUCGGAUCUCUUGUCCAGAUAGCUGCUCUUCCCGUUGUGAUAUUGGCCCCACUUGGUGCGGUUUCCCUCCUCUGGAAUGCCUUGUUUGCGCGGAUUUUGUUGGGAGAUGUCCUGUCGCCAUGGAUGGUUCUUGGCACCCUGCUUAUAGCGGGAGGUGCGAUCCUCAUUGCAGUGUUCGGUAUCGUUCCAGAGCAAACACGCUCUCUGGAGGACCUACUCGCGCUGUUCCGUCGUCCGGCGUUUGUGGUGUACUUUUCAUUGCUGGGAGCUGUCGUUCUGGUUUCGCUCCUUAUAACACACUGGGCCGAAUACUCCCUUUCCCGUCGUGUGGCUCAGAGUACUCAUGACGCCGUUUCCCUUUCGCCCUCUCCCUCCGCCCCGCCCGUUCAAGUACCCGAGAAUCCAUCGACUCUUACCACUGGAGUCACCACUACAAUCUCUGAGGCCAUCACCACCGAAAGAACACCACUGCUAGACCGCAAAUCCAAUGCAUCAUCAAUAUCACUACGAACAUCUGGGGGGACGCAGGAAGCACAAGCUAUCCAGAGAAAGCGUCUAGUCCUCGCCAUAUCAUACGCGUCCUUUUCAGGCAUUCUCAGCGGAAUGUGUCUGUUGUUUGCUAAAAGCGGCGUCGAACUCUUAUUGUUAACUAUCGGUGGCGACAACCAGUUCUGGCGUUGGCAAUCUUGGGUGCUGCUCCUAGGACUGGUUGCGUUUGCCCUGCUGCAAUUGUGGUAUCUCCACAAAGCUCUUAUAUUUGCCGACCCGAUACUAGUGUGCCCAUCCGCCUUUUGUUUCUACAAUCUUUCGUCGAUAGUAAACGGGCUGGUAUACUUCAACCAAUUUUCCUUGAUUCCGCCUCUGCAUCUUGGCCUUGUGACCCUCGGCAUUGUCGUGCUAUUAUGUGGGGUUUGGGUCGUCAGCAUACAGUCCGCCACUCCCGUAUCUGAUGGUUGGAGCGACGAGGAGUCCAGCGCAUCUGAAGCUGGGUCUGUGCAACUGGCUGAUGAAGAGGGACAACUUGAAAGACCACCAGUAUCAAGAAGCUUAUCAAGCUUGGACCAAACACAUCCUACGGAAUCACAGCCACCAAUUCCAACAACUGUCUCUGCGCCAGAUGGUUUGUCAGCUCGACGAACACGCUCCCACCAUUUGCGAGCCCAAACUUCAACGUUUAUUGGCGGGGUUCCACCUGUGCCAAAUCCAGUGACUACUCUCGGGGGAGGCUUCCAGAUAGGCUUGUCACCGGUUAGCCCUGGCUUCUCAAUAGUACGAGGGGAACGAGGAAGGGUGGUCAGCGGGCAAUAUGGCUUCGCGGAUAUCGUUGAACAGGCACGUCGAGAGAGACGGAGACGGACAGUUAGUGAAAGUGAUGUUCGUACGCGGGAAUCACUCGUGGAGAGAGCCCCUUUACUUCCAAAUGAGGGCAGAAAUGAGGAGCAGCAGGGGAGUAAGGCAAGAUGGCGAUGGCUGAGGACAUUUGUUUGGCGUCGAUAG